AUGUAUGUAUGUAUAUAUAUUGUGAGAAUUUCUCACCUGCUCCCGCAAGUGCGUUACUGUGAACACCUAACCCGUUCUAGGCUAGACGCGUUUUGUCUUUUAUGGGACUCAUCAGUAGUGUAUGGGACUCAUCAGUUCACUGGUAUAAUUGUUUUCAACACGACACCAAAAGCGUCGUGCCUGCCGUUUGAGGAAUGCCUCUUCAGCCUGUCUCUUGGACAGAUUGUGUCCCCAGCAGGCCUAAGUGGUCAAAGAGUGCCAAGAAUCCCUGGGAAGUAUGCAAUAGCGGAGGGAUGUUGCAGAAAAAUUCAGAAUGGCCCCUCUAUGGUACUUAGACUUGGAACGCUCAAUGUUGGAUCACUGACUGGCCGCAGCACGGAAAUCGCAGAAGUGCUCGAGCGUAGAAAGAUUGACAUCUACUGCCUUCAGGAAACCCAAUGA